GAGGCGGGGCGUGGAGCGGGUCACGUUGGGGCGGCGCGGGGUGGCUGCCGGGAGCUGGCUGGGCCGGAGGCCGUGGGGCCGGCUCCCGCCGCGAGGAAUGGAGCUGCCGCCCGUGUAAUGGCCAUGCCGCCCGGGCCCCGGGCCUUCCUUGCUCCGCGCCCCGGCCGCCGCGCCCCUCGUCCGCGCCGGCAUGGUGAACCUGGCGGCCAUGGUGUGGCGCCGGCUCCUCCGGAAGAGGAAGAAAGGGCAGUGAGAGAUCGGAAUCUCCUCCAGGUUCAAGACCAUGACCAGCCCAUUCCGUGGAAAGUGCAGUUUCACCUGGGGAACAGCAGUCGGCCUGGCAACCAGUGCCGGAACUCCAUUCAAGGGAAGCACCUCAUCACAGAUGAGCUAGGGUACAUUUGUGAAAGGAAGGAUUUGCUGGUGAACGGCUGCUGUAACGUCAAUGUCCCCGGCACAAAGCAGUACCGCUGUGAUGGCUGCUUGCCCCACGGCUGCUGCGGCGCCUACGAGUACUGCGUGUCCUGCUGCCUGCAGCCCAGCAAGCAACUUCUCCUGGAGCGCUUCCUCAACCGGGCAGCCGUGGCAUUCCAGAACCUCUUCAUGGCCGUCGAAGAUCACUUUGAAUUGUGUCUGGCCAAAUGUAGAACCUCAUCCCAGCACCUUCAGGAGUGGGCCCUGGACACUGUAUCCUGACAUCUAAAUUUGUCACCAGCUCAGAGCUACUCUUCCCCAUACCGGCUUCCCUGCAGGCGCCCUCAGCUUUUCCUGUAGUGGCAUUUGAAUCUGCUCACAUACCUGUGCGUGAGCAGCGUUUGAACCAGAAAUUCCAGCUCGCUGUUCUGCAGGAUUUUGUUCUGAUGUCCCGUGCCACUCUUGCCAUCAUCGUAGGCUGCUCAGCUGUGUGUGGUACGCUGGGAGCUUCAGGAACACCGUCAGCGGCCCUCUCUUCUCUCCUGUCAUGGAAAGCUGGUGUUAAGGGGAUUCCUAGGGGAAGAUACAUCUAGAAGCUGGCUGUAAGCAGUCAUCCUUCAUCGCUUUCAGCUUCGGGACAUGUAACAGGUUCAGACCUUCAGUUUCCUGAUGAUUUGCAAAGAAGAAGAAAACCCAGGUUUCUGUCAAGGUGCUGUGCGAGAGUUACUGGUGCCUCAGUGGGGCGAGUCUGUGAAGGCCGGGCAUGCUGGUUGCUGGUCCGCGUGCUCGAGGCGCCCCUCUGGGUUUCUAGUAUGACACUGAAACUCGCGGGCUCAAGGUCCAGAGUAUUUGGUCCCCCUCUCAAGACACCCUGCCCCUCAAAUAGUAUGGCUCUUUGCUCUCAGGAGACCUGGGCACGUAAUUCUUUCCUGGAGCGAGCCUCUCGAUAACCCCCGGGAUUGGGCAAGGUCUUUUUCCUUUUUUGAUUAUUUAAGCUGUUGACCUUGGAGCAGGGCAGUAGUUUUCCAAUCCACUUUUGACGGUUUUUUUCAGCAGGGUUUUUUCUUUGGACCAUGUCUGCCUUCCAUUAUGUUUCUGCAGUAUGAAGCAGUAAUUCCCCUUAACUUUCUCCUGUUAGUUCUUCUACAUCUCUUCCCAAAGUGGUGUGUCACUCUAAAUAAGCUUUCUCGGAGAGCUGUCUGGUGAUUGUUUUUUAAUGUUUUUCCCCCCAAAAUCUAUUUAUUUUGCAUCGGACUUUUUGGAUUCUAGGUGCAUUCAUGGUGCUAAAUCAAACUUUGUAUGUGAAAGAAAUGUGCAUGUCUGGAUGUUUUAUCAUCUCAUUCUUUUUGGUAACUCAGUCUGGUGUGUGUCUGUCUCAUGUGGGUUGUCCCUGUUAUCAGCCUCUUCUUGGAUCUCAUUUAACUUUUGAACAGUGUAAAAGAGACUUAAUGUGAAAAUGGCUUUAUAUCAAAGACUAACUCCUGCCUCUUUACUUCAUACUUGAAUUAUCGACGAGCAUGUUCUGCAUUUUCAGUGCUUUCACAAAUAGUAUCUACCGUUGAGUUAAGCUUACCUUUAUUCCCACCUUGUAGAUGAGGAAGUAGUGGGAAGUGAAGUGACUUCCCAGAGUCCCCACUGAGAUUUAACAACAGAACCAAAGCAAGAACUUCAUCUCCGGCUUCAGGUCUGCUGUCCUUUCCCACUGCCUCUCACCAGCCCACUGCUGACUCAAACGCGAUCGUCCGACCGCUCCCCCCUCUCCCCGCCCCAUACCGAGGCCAUAUGGAUUUCAGGUGUCCAGGCCAAAAGAGAGGAGAGGUGGCAUCAAUAGCCAAACUGGGUCUGUAAUUCAAAGGUCAUUUUCAUGUGGCUCUGGAAUAUGUUUGUGUUUGUGGUUUUUGUUUUGUUUUUGUAGUUGUUUUUUACUUAAGUCUGUUUAGAGGCAUGUUCACUGUUUCUGGAAACUCACAAUGCUGCAGACUAUACAAUAAAGCCACUGACAGACCUGGACCAUCGCUCGGCCUCCCCAGCCUUCCAGCCCAGAACCCCUCCCUGCUCUACACUCUCUGGGUUUCUGGUUUCCUCAACUGAGUGUUUCUAGAAUUAGGGACCUUGUGUUGUUUUUCCGUGCCCAGAGUUUAGCAGAGUGUGUGAUAAAUGUUGGGAUUUUCGGGAAAAAUCAAAGAAGAGACCGAAGGAAAAAGUUAAAUACUGAGUGGGACCAAAGGUAAGAGGGUAGUUCAAAGCAUUUCCCCCAAUUCUGAAUCCUAAUUGCCUUGCUUGUGGCUGCAGUGGUAAAGAUCUGUCCUAACGGAAAGAAACAGCAGAGUAUAUGCAAGAGGUAUUAGAUGGGCAGGUACACGGGAGGGGGGACAUGCCUCCACUGGGCCUGGGACUCAGGGUGGCCCUAGGCCCGGUGAUAUGGGACUGUCGUGGAAGGGCAAGCUUGGCAGCUGGUGGAAAGUGGGGGAUAGGAUUUUAGAGCAGGGUUUUCAGCUGUCAGUGUGCUCCUGAAAGCCAACUCAGGGCCUCUGGGAAGUGCCUCAGUUGGUGUGUCUGCAAAGGAGCUAUGGGGACAGGGAGCACAGUCUGCAAAACUCCCAAGCAAAACUUUUCCCAUCUUUGAGAUUUUCAGAUAAAUUGGAAACCUGCAGAGAUGUUGCUGAUUUGGUCUUGGUUAUUCCUUCGAAGGCAGCAGAGAAUUCUGACUCAGAGUGAGUCACCACUUUCGAACAGCGUGGCUUUGGGCAGUCUUCUCUGAGUGCCAGGCCCUUCGUUUGUAAAGCGGGAUCACAUGGGUUGUGAGGUGUGAGCCCCGUGCUCAGCACGAGGUCUGGGGUCUGCAGCCCAGUUGGGGAGCAGUGUCAGGUAGUGACAACACCGGGGUUAGUGGGUCACUCACCUGGAAGGGUGGCAAAUACAAAACUUAGUAUUUUUGUGACUUUUUUAAAGAACUCAUGCUAAAGGUGAAAAAUUUCAGAUAAUUCAGGAAUAUGUAAAGAUGAAAGUAAUAAUAACCUAAAGCCCCACAACUCAAAGAUCAGGCCUGUAUUUUUCUCUUUCCUCAUGACUUUCCAGGCAGAAAGGAGAGCACUUUUUCCUCUUGAAAACAAUCCUGUCAUGGACAUCCUUCUAUGCUACAUAUAGGCAUAUGAUAAUUUUAAUGACCACAUUAAAAUGUCAGAUUUCAUGGAUUACAAUACUGUUAUUAAUCCCCUGCUGAGGACACUUUGCUUCUUUCUUUCUUUCUUUCUUUUUUUUUUUUUUUUACCAAGCAUGGUUCUAGGUUUAUCUGAUAACUGAUUUCACCAGAGUGUGGAAGUGUCUUUUGUUAUGCCCCCCUGAGAACUUGCACACCAUCUUUUGUUAACUCUGCCGAUGGAUCUCAGUGUUUUCAUUUGUGUUUAUUUAAUUGCUGCUGAGGUGAACUCUUCCAUGUUCUGAUUGGCCAUUUAUCAUUCAGAUUCUUGGCCAAACUGUCUCUCUCUUUCUUAGCGUCUUUAAAACGUUACUCCAAAGCAAGUAGCUUAUGUGUGAACAAACUGACUUUUCCAGUUGACCUAGAGCAUUGGAAGGGAUAGUUUUGUCCCCAGGAGACCUUCGGCAAUGUCUAGAGACAUUUUUGUCACAACUGGAGGAGGGUGGUGCAUCUUGUAGGCUGAGGCCAGGGACAUUGCCAAACAUCCUUCGGUGCACAGGGCAGCCCUCACGACAGGAUGACCUGGCUCCAGAUCGUCAGCAGGGCCCAGGUGGAGGCCCGAGCCUUGGGUCGCGUUUCCCCUGUAGGUUGAACAGAGGAGCUACCAGGAGCUGCGAGCUGACUUUAUUAUUUCCCCUACCCUUGCUUUCAGCCGCGCAGGAGUGCUGCUGAUUCAAUUAUCCUGCAGUCCCUGGGGACCUGCUACUUCCUCGCAGGUCUCUCCCAGCCCAGUGCUGCCUCCAGGAAUGGCAUUAUUACUCUGCCACACUGUCGUUAGCACACUAACGUGAUCCCAGAGCAGACGCCCUCCCGGCUGCAGAAUGACCUGAAGUUUACCAACAGCCCCCUCCCCCUCCCCACAAUGACAGAUUUGCUCUUCUGGUGUCUGCUGCCCCAGCAGCAGCUCCCUGCAUGGAGUGAGUCUGGGGGAGAGAGAGAUGGGAAAUGACUGCUAUCAAAAGGUGCCACACUAGUAUAUAAUAGUAAUUU